UCCUCCCAUUUUGCAAUAAUCCCCCCUAGAGUGUUGGUUCAGGGAAGCAUUUUUUCUUUCAAACUGCCCAAAUAUCUUGGACAAGACUUAAACCUUCAGAAGAACAGAAGAUAAAGAAAAGUUUCUUAUUAAGCCAAAAAGUGAUACCAAAAAAAAUCCAAAAAUGAGUCUUCAGCAAUACUGUUGCUGGAAAUGUUCCCUGGGCCUUUGCACAGGCAACCAUGGUGAAGAAAGUGGCCAUCAUUGGAGCUGGCAUCAGUGGCUUGGCAUCCAUCAGGAGCUGCCUGGAAGAGGGGCUGGAGCCCACCUGCUUUGAGAAGGGCGAAGACAUCGGGGGCCUGUGGAAAUUCUCGGACCAUGCCGAGGAAGGCAGGGCCAGCAUUUAUCGGUCAGUCUUUACCAACUCUUCCAAAGAGAUGACAUGUUUUCCAGACUUCCCUUUUCCUGAUGACUUUCCCAACUUUAUGCAUAACAGUAAGCUCCAGGAAUACAUCACUGCGUUUGCCAAAGAAAAGAACCUCCUGAGAUACAUUCAACUUAAGACACUUGUAUCCAGUGUAAGUAAACGUCCUGAUUUCUCAGUCACUGGCCAAUGGGACGUUACCACUGAAAAGGAUGGUAAAAAAGAAUCAGCUGUCUUUGAUGCUGUAAUGAUUUGUUCUGGACAUCAUGUGUACCCCAACCUACCAAAAGAGUCCUUUCCAGGUCUACAACUUUUUAAAGGCAAAUGCUUGCACAGCUGGGACUAUAAAGAACCAGGAAUAUUCAAGGGGAAGCGAGUCCUGGUGAUUGGCCUGGGAAAUUCAGGCUGUGAUAUUGCCUCAGAACUCAGCCACACAGCUGAACAGGUCAUCGUCAGCUCCAGAAGUGGCUCCUGGGUGAUGAGCCGGGUCUGGCAUGGUGGCUAUCCAUGGGACAUGAUGUUUAUCACUCGAUUUGAAACCUUCCUCAAGAACAACUUACCAACAGUCAUCUCUGACUGGUGGUACGUGAAGCAAAUGAAUGCAAGAUUCAAGCAUGAGAACUAUGGCUUGAUGCCUUUAAAUGGCACCCUGAGGAAAGAGCCCGUGUUCAAUGAUGAGCUCCCGGCUCGCAUUCUAUGUGGCACUGUGACUGUUAAGCCAAAUGUGAAGGAGUUUACAGAGACUUCGGCCAUUUUUGAGGAUGGGACAGUGUUUGAGGCCAUUGACUGUGUCAUCUUUGCAACAGGCUACAGUUAUGCCUACCCCUUCCUUGAUGACUCCAUCAUUAAGAGCAGAGACAACGAGGUCACCUUAUUUAAAGGCAUCUUCCCGCCUCCACUGGAGAAGCCAACCAUGGCAGUGAUCGGCCUUGUCCAGUCCCUUGGAGCUGUCAUCCCCACAACUGACUUGCAGUCUCGCUGGGCAGUGCAAGUAAUAAAGGGAACUUGCACUUUGCCUUCUGUCAAGGACAUGAUGAAUGAUAUUGAUGAAAAAAUGGGGAAAAAGCUCAAAUGGUUUGGCAAAAGCGAUACCAUACAGACGGAUUAUAUCGUUUAUAUGGAUGAACUUGCCUCCUUCAUUGGGGCAAAGCCCAACAUCCCAUGGCUGUUUCUCACAGAUCCAAAGUUGGCCUUGGAGGUUUACUUUGGCCCUUGCAGCUCAUAUCAGUUUAGGCUGGUGGGCCCGGGGAAGUGGCCAGGAGCCAGAAAUGCCAUCCUGACCCAGUGGGACCGGAUAUUGAAACCCACGACGACAAGAAUUGUUGGGAGUCCUCUGAAGCCUUGCUUAUUUUGCAGUUGGUUCAGGCCCGUUCUUAUUUCUGUUCUGUCAAUUGCUGCUUUCCUUGUGUUGUUCUAAUCAUCAUUCCAUCUAGGAUUCUGAAAGUAACUAACACUACCUGGGAAGAAACUUUGCUAUUUAAAAAUUAGGAAUUUCACACCUCCUACUUUCCUAUUUAGCAGGCAUUAGUCAGUAAGACAGUACUAUUUCUAGGCUUUUAAAUAAGCUCCUGUAAGAAUCAUGUCAUGAUCUGAAGAGCAUUAAUCAAUUCUCUUCAGGUUCCACUAACAUUUCAUAAUUCCACAACAUUUCCAUAACAUUUCAUAAUUAGAUAUAUGCUCUUUAUCUCUAACCUAAAUCAUCUCCUGAAACAUUUGACAUGAUUCCUUUUCUCCUUAAACAAUGUUUGAAAUAUGUAUUUCAAAUCUAAACAAAGAGCAGAUUAAGCAGAGUAGUUGCAAUAUGAUAGUCCCAGCCUACUUCUACAAACUAUUUUCAGGAUCAAGGGGAGAAUUUGGCUAUUAUAUUCUAUUUCUGUCCUCCAAGUGAUUCCUCCUCUCCCCUGGCCAAGAAACAUAGCAUGGAGACCCCAUUUAUAAUGAAAGUUAGCAAGAAGUAACUCAUUUUAUUUAGAUUCUCAAUAAGGAACCAACUUUCCAACAUGUAGCAGCAAAAUAAUGACAACAAUAACAAUAAUAAUGAGUAGAGCACCAAAUAUACCUUUUAACUGAAUGGACAGUCUUUUAAAAAAUUAAAUAUUUAGCCAAAGCUAUGACCCAAGCCUAAUAAAACCUGAUAUAAAUCAUAUAGAAUUAUAUACCCUUAUAGAAUGGGGUGCCAGAAUAAAUCUAAAAUUUUAUCUUUUAAAGUAUUAUUACAUGUUACAAUUAAAUUUUGAUAGUUACAGAUUUUCACGUUUGACAUUAUGGAGCAGAUAAAAUAAUCUGUCAGCAUCACCAGCCACCAGAGGGCUCUGCAUGUUGUGAAACUCCAUAUUUCUCACUACACCUUCAUUUCUUUUUUUUUUUUUUUCCAAACAAACUUUAUUAAAAUAAAAAUCUUGUGCUAUACUUGGUUAUAAAGGGACAGUCACAAAUUUGGGGGGAAAUACCAUUUUAUCUUUCUUAUUCAUUAUUCCUUUCUCUAUUAUGCUUCUUUAGAUGAAAUACUCCUUACAAAAUCCUGGAAUCCAUACUCCUUAUAAAAUACUCCUUACAAAAUUUCUAACUGAAGCCAUUAAAGCAACAAGAGGAGGAGGAGAUCACAUUUUUCUCUAACACUUUCUUCUUUUCUUUUUUUUUUUUAAAUUCUCUUGAUAUUUUAAUCUUUGGAGCUAAGAUUUAUUAUGGAUGUUGUACACAACUUUAAAUCGCUCCCUUUUCCUAAUUGUUUAAGGUAGCAAAAUAAUAUUCUGCUUUUAAGGUCUUCUCACAAGAUAUGAAGUAUUCCCAAAUAUUCCCAAGUGAAACAGAAUUUUUCUUGAAACUCUGUGGCCUAAAUGGAAUCAAGUAAACAAAUUAAAUACAGCACAUAAACUUUAUUUUGUUUCAUGUUAUAAAUGCUAGUAUGCAAAAUAAAUUGAAGAUUAAAAUUGA